CCCAACAAGAGGGUUCUGUUUGUGAUCCACAGAGACCGUCUCCCCACUUCCUGACAGUCCCCCUCCUGAAGGGUUUGAUCUCAGAAGACUCCCCCUUUUAUAUUUUACACACCAACACACACACCCUCUCUUUCGCACACACUCACUCACACACACUCACACACACACCAAGGAUCCGCAGAGGCAGCAGAUCCGAACCUGGAGAAACUUUCUCUCUUGCUUUGGUUCUGUCUUUGACGCGCACCGCCUCUCACUUUGUUUCUCCGUGGGUGAUUGGUGUGUGUGUGAGUGUGUGUGGCACCUCCCCGCUCCUACACACACCUCGUUCUCGUGCAGCCUGCAAGCUCCACCAUGCAUUUCUUCUUCUACACCUCCCAUGUUGCAUUUAAGUAAAAAAAAAGAAGCUUUCUCACCUCUUUCCUCCGGUUUGGACUCGGGACCGUGCGUCAUGCAGCGGCACAAGAACCCGGUUCAGCUGCAGGACCGCUCAGUCUCUUUGUGAGUGGAUCUACUUAAUUUUAACCCCCUUUUUAUUUAUCUCUUCUAUUUUUUGAAUGAAGAGGAGCGUGCUCUUCUUCUCUGUGGAAACAAUUAACAAAGAGAAGAAAGUAGAAAGAGAAGAUUAGCAGCAGCAGAGAGACACGCAGAGACCUUUAGAGACCAACUUAGUUGUAGAUGUUCGAUCAGGCCACGGCUAUGGGUGAUGGGAGCCACCGCUGUGGACCCAACCCGCUGUGUUCAGACAGGAUGGACAGCAAGUGCCGCUCCGACCUGGGGAGCCGGUCCCCGGUGCAGAGCUCCACGGACACCCCGGGGACGUCCGCCUCCACGCCGACGUCCUCCAGCGAGGACGGGCACGAGAAACUUCUGGGAGUGGACCCGGACUACUGUCGCAGGAUCUUAGUGAGAGACGCCAAGGGCACCAUCCGGGAGAUCGUUCUGCCCAAAGGCCUGGACCUGGACCGACCGAAGCGCACGCGAACCUCCUUCACGGCCGAGCAGCUGUACCGGCUCGAGCUCGAGUUCCAGCGGUGUCAGUACGUGGUGGGGCGCGAGCGCACCGAGCUGGCCAGGCAGCUGAAUCUGUCAGAAACACAGGUCAAGGUGUGGUUCCAGAACCGCCGGACCAAACAGAAGAAGGACACAACCAAGGAUUCAGACAAACGCUCCUCCUCCUCGUCAGAGUCUUUGGCUACCUGCAACAUCCUGCGCCUCCUGGAGCAGGGCCGCCUCCUGUCAGGACCUGCCCCACCUCCAAACUCCCUUUUGGGCCCGCCAAACCACCCAGCAAAUGGCUCUCUGCUCAGCAGCCCGGGCGGAGGCUCCUCCACUUCCCCUGGCGUCAGCAGCAGCACUCCUCCCAGCUCCCUAACAGGAGGGACGUUUGGGCUCUCGCUGCCCUCACUGGGCGGUACCCCGUCAUCUCCACGGCUGGGUGUCCCACCUCCCCACUCUCUCUGUUUCUCCUUGCCCCUCUUGGGUGGGGCUCAUCAUGAACUGACAUCCACCUACGGCUGCGGCUCCUCAGCAUUUGAGCCGUACAUGAGGCUGGACAGGAAGGAAGCAGAUCUAGGUGGGAAAAAAACAGUUUCCUGAGCAGCAGUUCUGUUUUUUAGGCAC